GACGCCAACGCGUUCGGAAGCAGCUCUCUCUCUCUCUCUCUCCCACACACACUCACUCACUCACUCACUCACUCUGUCUGUCUCUGUCUACCGCCUCCUCCAUCUCCGUCGCACCUUCUCACACCCCCGCACUUUCGGCGACUCCAGAGGAAAAGUGUGAAAAGUUGUGCGGCCACGGGCUCUGCUCUUAUGUAUACAACUAACCUAACGCGGUAAAAUGUUUCUGGCGGUUAACCAGAGUCUGCAGAACACCAGCAAGAAGAAGCGCAAGCGGCGGACGAACGGGGAUGAUCCGCAGGAGGAUCCUGCGGAGGGGUCGCCCCUCGCUCCCCUCGAGCCAAGUGCCUCCAGCGACCACCUGGUGAUCGGCGGACCGGGAUGCCGGGUGUGCAAGUGCCCCGGCCGCCAGUCGCUGGCGCUGGUCUACGUCUACCUGGGUGCACUCACCCUGAUCCUGGCCAGCCUCUCGAUCGUGUUCUACUCGCACACCCAGGACACCCAGGAGGCCACGCCCACCGAGGAUCCCGUCCACUCGACGAGGGCGUUCAGAGCGCAGUUCCAAGCGGAGCUGCUGCGAUCGGAGGACGAACUACGCUCCCUGGUUGCCAGGAUACUCGAGAGCGAGCGGGAACUGGGUGGCAGCAGCACCACAUCCAGGAGCACCACUGCAUCGCGGGAUCCCCUGAAGAACGAGCGCAAGUUCACGGACAACCUGAUCAGCCACACGCCUUCACCCACCGGAAAACGGAUGCGGCGGGACAUCCCCUCCUCUGCCCCCGCCUCCAUGCAUGCUGAUCCCCUGAUCGAGUUCUUCAACCCGAACCACCGCAAGGUCCUCGAGGAGCAGGACACCGAGAUACGGAAGCGAACGGGCCAGAAGGGCGCCGCUCCCGGCGGCGACGAGUGGAUCUACCUGAACACCUACUGCCGCGUGCCGGAGAAGAUCAUCACGGGCUUCUGCAAGGGCACCCAGGACUACUGCCCACCAGCUCCGCAGGGACCCACGGGUGAAGUUGGUCCCAAGGGUCCAACCGGCAGCCCAGGACUUCCGGGCAUCCCGGGUCCCAAGGGCAACCGCGGCGACGUCGGACUGCCAGGAGCACCUGGAAUCGACGGUGUGGGCCACGUGGGACCCCCGGACCGAGGGGACCCAAGGGGGGAUGCCGGGGCCGUCGGAAGAGGUGGCCUGGAUGGUCGGGACGGGGUGCCCGGUGAGCCGGGAUUGGAUGGAGUGCCGGGUCGAGCGGGCGCCGAUGGCAAGAACGGACUGCCGGGUCGCGAUGGCAAGGACGGACUGCACGGCAAGGACGGCAAGGAUGGGCUGUCCAUCACGGGACCCAAGGGAGCUCAGGGACCUCCCGGCGAACGAGGUCUCAAGGGCAUUGCAGGUCCUCGUGGUCGUCCUGGGAAACCGGGCACCAAUGGCACUCCCGGAAUUCCCGGCAUCAAUGCCUGGAAAUUGCAAUAUCCCAACGGCAGCUCCUCGAAUGAUCUGCUCAUUCCACCCUCGAUAACAGACAUUCAACAGCCGGACUUCCAACGGACGGUAAUUGUGGAGGAGGGCAAGUCCCUGAACCUGAGCUGUUCUGCGACAGGAACCCCAACUCCUCAGGUGGAGUGGCGUCGCGAGGACGGACGCACCAUCAAUGUGAACGGGAUAGAGAUGGCCUCCAUCAGCGGACAGUUCCUCAAGUUCACCAACAUCACGCGAAACCAAAUGGCGGCCUACACUUGUUAUGCCAACAACGGAAUCGCCCCAGUGGCCAAUGCCACUUUCAUCGUGGAGGUUCACUUUGCUCCCAUGAUCUCGGUGUACCGCCAGAUGAUCUACGCGGAGUACCAGAGCAGUGCGACACUCGAGUGCUUGGUGGAGGCCUUUCCCGAGGCGAUUAGGUACUGGGAAAGAGCCUACGACGGCAAGAUCCUGGAUCCCAGCGAGAAGUACGGCAUUGAGUCGUAUCCGGAGGGCUUCAAGACGUCGAUGCGCCUGACCAUCAGCAAUCUGCGCAAGGAUGACUUCGGCUACUACCACUGUGUGGCGCGGAAUGAGCUGAACGCCACCAUGGUCAACUUUGAAAUAGCACCCCAAGAUCCGAACAGUGAGACACCGUAUGUGGGCAACAGCAUCAAGGUCUACGGCCAAAGGCCGCCGGAGAGCGAGUGUCCCGUGUGCGACCAGUGUCCAGAUCCCAGUCUGUACCAGUGCAAGGACUCCAUACUGAACAACUUCGAAAUCCAACCCACCGGCAACCUGAGUUACCCAGGUUUGCCCAAGCGACCGAAGACUUGCUAUCUGUAUGCGGUGGGCAAGCCAGUUUUCCACAAGGUGGUCAACGAGAAGUUCGGUUCCUGGCUGAGGGAUCCUUCGCCGGAGAGCGAUCGCGAGAAGACCUUCGUGACAAACGAGAACGAUCCCUACAACCUGUUCGAGUUCACCACCCGCAUUCAGUACCGAAUGAACAGUAUCCCAAGGCGAAAGUACGAGAUAUCAGAGGGUUUCCAUGGCAAUGCUCAUGUGGUCUUCAACAACUCGUUCUACUACCAGCAGAGGAACUCCGAUCUGGUGGUCAAGCUGGACUUGAUCAGCCUCAAGAAGAUAACCACACAGUUACCCUAUGCUGGAGUUUCCGCUGGGAACAAGCUCUACACGACGGACUUCAACUACAUGGACUUCAAUGUGGACGAGGUGGGUCUGUGGGUGAUCUACAGCACCUACAACUCGAACAACACCCUGGUCGCGAAGUUGGAUCCGGAGACGCUGAAGAUGCAGUACAACUUCAACAUCACCUUGGAUCACCACCAGUUUGGCGAGAUGUUCAUCGUGUGCGGCAAUCUGUAUGCCAUCGAUUCGGGUACGGACAAGAACACCCAGAUCCGAUACAUGGUCGACUUGUACAAGGGCAAGCUGCUCAGCACGAACCUGCCCUUCUCGAACCCCUUCAGCCACACCACCACCGUGGGCUACAAUCCCCUGACUGUGGAACUCUACUCCUGGGACAAGGGCAACGCACUCACAUAUCCGAUUCGCUACAAUGAGCAGCGACUUAUCUCCGAUAAUAGUUAGGAGUACCCGCUAAAUAGGAAGCGAUCUUAAAGAUCCACAGAGUCCAGGCUCAAAUCUAACUAGUCUAAGGCACAAUAAAUAAAUUCAACUGUUUUUUUUUUUCUAAUGCAAA